CUGAAUUGAAGAGUAGCAAACACGUGAUUCCCGCGAUCUGUCAACUAUAAUGUCAACAUGCAAAUAAAAUGUAAUAUUUCUCUAGAGCCUGCAGAAAGUUGUGUUCCUGUUCUUCGUACAGAGUUAUUCCAAAGUAUAUUCCAUAAACAAACACACCGACCAGUUGAACACAUAUGGCAUAGCCCGGGACACAUCUUUGCAGGACUGAAGGGAGAGAAGAAACUUGUUACCUUUGAUGUUACAUCACUUGAUUAUAUUCAGGGCAGUGACAGUAGGGGUUGUCUGGAUGUGGAAGAGCCAGUUGUGACCAUUCUUACCAAGCCUUCGACCGGCUUUAUUGUGGUAUUAAAAUGUGGUGAUAUUGAAUACUGGACCUACAGCCAUGACGAAAGAUGGAGGUUUGGGAAGAGACUUCAACUGGUUCAAGUUUCCAGGGCGACUGUGGUGGCCAUCUGCUACAGUCUAUCCCAGCAUGCCCUUUACUGGCAGGAACAAGAAGUGGCUGGAGAUGGUGGGAAUGUCGUAUAUAACCUCUACAAGAGGCAACUGAUAGAAGGUGAUGAUGUUGAUGUAAAGCUGGGUCCAGUGUCCUGCCUAUUGACAGGGGGACGAAAGUGUUCCCUCUACCCCCUGGGGCAUGGGGUAGCUUGUGUCUCCAGUGCAGAAGGCAGUUCAAUAAGCCAGGUAUUUGCUGUGUGUACACUGACUGGCCGGGUUGACAUUCUAGCUGGACAAAGGUGGAUAACUCUGCCGGACCUCACUGUUCACUCACCACUACAGUACAAACACAUUGUGCUAAAAAGCCUGCCUUACCUCAAACAGAUUGAGGAGUUGGCUGUUAAAUGCCACACCUACCUGCCCCAGACCCAGACACUGGUGCUGCUCACACAUCAUGGCCAACUGGUGACACUUCCAGGUCCAGGAGGGGAAGAGGGUAGCUCCGUAAAAUCAGUGGAGUUGGAUGGUUGUGAUGUCACAGGAGUUCAAGGCAUCAUCAAGCAGUUUGGAUAUGUGGGGCUGGUCUUCACUGCCUGCAUAAAGUUCUACCACCCAGAGACAGGCAAUGCCGUGUGUCAGGUGGAUACAGACAGUGAGGUUUAUGUCUGUAGUCUGUCUUUGAUUGGUGCACCACAACAUUUUGUCUGCACUCAAAGUGGACUCUAUGCCUUGAAGCUGGAGAAGAGGGCAGAGAAUAGAACAGAGCAAGCAUUACUGGAGUCGGGUCAUUUCCAGUCUGAUGCCCUGCGCCUCUCCUUUAUCGACAGGACUCAGCGUUACACUGUUGAUGAGAGUGGUCAGCUGACAGUGGACAAGAUGAGAGACCAGUGGCUGAAGGGCCUUGACCUUCCCACAUCCAGUAGAUUGGUGCAAACUGUUGAGCCUUUCCUGACAGAGUAUUGGAGGCUAGAGCAAUUACUGCAGGAUUGUCUGACAAAACCACAGGACAUGAGGAGCCUUCCCGGGCUUUGUGUGGAGGAUGAAGUCCUUAGACUUGUGGAGCCCAAGUGUGGCCUGUCUCCUGCCACUCGCCAUGCCCAACUUUUACUACUAGGGGAACAUUUUCCAGACAGGGUCCUAGAUACCCUCCUGUCUAAUUUAGAAGUCAUUGAAGGAGAGCUGAGCACCUCCCAGUUACAGAGAUGGCAGAAUUUGGUUUCCAUGGAAACAAGUGACCCAGCGCUGCCCUUGUUGGACCUAAUGUGCCGCUUGUUGUACGUCCACAGACCUACGUCAUUGAUGCCAUUCCUGCAGUGCGCCCAGAGAGUGGCAGACCAGAGAGCCGUGCCAUCAGCCUUCAGUAGGAGGAAGCCCAGUGCUGGACUGUUUGAGCGUGCCCUGCAGUGCUUUCCUGAGCCAUCCUGUUCCACAGACGUUCAUACAGCUGUCUGUGUUCACGCUCAUGUCUUCAUGACCAGCGAGAUUACUGGUUGCAUGCUGAAGGCCAUCCAUUUGCUGGUAAAGUAUAAGAGGUGGGAGGAGUGUGUCUCCAUCCUCCAGGAGUACCACACACAUGGCAGGCAGUUCGCACUGGCAUACCAAGUGGUCAUGGCAGCUCUUGUCAAGCACAAUAUGCUCGGAGAGUAUGGGGAGAAAGUGUUCAGUUUGAUGCCCUCUAUGGAAUGCAUUGACACAGUUCUUCAAAAACAUACUAAACUAGACCAUGCAAAAGAGAACCAAAAUGUGACACCAAAAGUGUUUGUGCAUAAGCAGACUUUUAUAGCAGAUUCUUCUGUUGAAAAAGAUAACAAAGAUGAUGGAGAAAACAUGAACUCAGUCAAUACAGAUGUGCUGGAUGCUGUAGAGGGUGGUCCUGGUGUCACUGUAGAUAUGGUGAGGCCAUAUAUAGAACAAACUCUCAAGUACUCAGUGGAGUAACUUUUUUCUCCCAGACUCAUUAUAUGCAAUGUUUUAUAAUGUGUAAUGAAACCUAAAGAUAUACAUGUGCCUUACACUUGUAUUCAUAUGGACUUUCAUGUAAAUGUAUGAGCAUUGUAUUAAUGGCAGUUAAGUUAAAUAUCCUUGAGCGUCAAAAGUGCAAUAUGCAGCUAUUCAACUAUAUGGUGUACAUUGUAUCAGGGACCUAUGAUUGGUUUAUAGGUCCGUGAUUCUAUGUAAGUACAUUCCUUCAUUCGUAUAUGUUGAGUUAUUGACCUUUAUUUGUAACUGGAGAAUGUUCACAUACUACUUUGUGUGUCACUCUGGUCUUCCAUUAUGAUUUACAUUUGUUAUGAGAUAAAAAAAAUAAACUCGAAAAUAUGGUAAACGUAGUCCGUUUUAUCACGGACCUAUAAACAUGGUUUAUGGAGUCGAUAUGUCG